AAGCUACAGUAGCUAAUUGCAUUUUCGCAACUCUCCAGUUUUCCCUAACUGGUCGACCCAGCCUUGUAGUUCAAGGCAUUUCCGUAAUUUCAUCCACCUUCAAAAUUCGCGGUAGUAUCUUGUUAUAUAAUGUAACACAUAACACAAAGCAACGCAUCACAAUUUUCUCACACACGCACUCGUUACUCUUUUUUCAUGCGACUUCUUUCGUUCUUCUCCGAUCUAAACCGAAAACUGUAACUAAUACUCUUCUCUAGAUGAGAGAGAGAGAGGGAGAAAGCGAAAGAGAAACGCUACAUUUACAUCGGCAGCGAUUGAGAGAGAGAGAGAGAGAUAACUGUUUAGAGAGAGAAUAACGGUUUAAAGAGAGUGUGUGAGAGAGAGAUAACAACGGUUUAGAGAGAAAGAAAGGCCGAGAGGAAAUGGCGACCUCCGAUGGGAGCGAGUACUUCGAGAUAGUAUCGAUCGGGAAUGAGAGCUUUGCGAGGGCGUCGAACGCUGAGACGGUGGAGGAGGACGAGGAGGAGCUCCGGUGGGCGGCUCUCUCCAGAUUGCCGUCUCAGAAGCGUAGCAACUACGCCGUCCUCCGAGCCUCAUCGUCUCGCCGGAGAUCUCCCUUCGGCUCGGAGGAGAAGUCGAAACCCGGCGGAGGUGAAAAAGAAGAACUGAUCGACGUCAGGAAGCUCAGUCGCCAGCACCGUGAGCUCGUCGUCAAGAAAGCCCUUGCUACCAAUGAACAAGAUAAUUACCACCUCCUCUUCGCCAUCAAAGAACGCCUCGAUAGGGUUGGAUUGGAGGUGCCGAAGAUUGAAGUGAGGUACAAGGAUUUAAAUGUGCAUGCUGAUGUUCAAAUCGGUUCUAGAUCUCUCCCAACUCUGAUCAAUUUCACUCGUGACGUCAUUGAGAAUAUACUAACGAGUUUGAGGAUAUUUCGACCUAGACGGCAUUCACUUACUAUAUUGAACAAUGUCAGUGGUGUUAUCAAACCUGGAAGGAUGACUUUGCUACUUGGACCUCCGGGAUCGGGAAAGUCCACUUUACUUUCGGCUCUAGCGGGCAAGCUUGAUAAGAACCUAAAGAAAACUGGCAGCAUAACAUACAACGGCUAUGAUAUAAAUGACUUUUAUGUUAAACGGACAUCUGCUUACAUUAGCCAAACAGAUAAUAAUAUUGCAGAACUGACCGUGCGAGAAACUCUUGACUUUGCUGCUAGAUGUCAAGGCGCAAAAGAAGGUUUUGCAGUUUAUACCAAGGACCUGGGCCGCUUAGAGAAGGACAGGAACAUACGACCUAGUCCAGAAAUCGACGCAUUUAUGAAGGCAUCAUCUAUUGGUGGUAAAAAGCACAGUGUAAUAACUGAUUACAUUUUGAAAGUGCUUGGUCUUGAUAUUUGUUCAGAGACCAUAGUUGGUAACGAAAUGAUUAGGGGGGUCUCAGGUGGACAAAGAAAAAGAGUUACAACAGGAGAGAUGGUUGUUGGUCCAAGAAAAACACUAUUUAUGGAUGAAAUAUCAACUGGACUUGAUAGCUCUACCACAUACCAGAUAGUAAAAUGCAUAAGGAAUUUUGUCCAUCAAAUGGAGGCUACCGUGCUCAUGGCCCUCCUUCAGCCAGCUCCUGAGACAUUUGACCUGUUUGAUGAUCUGGUACUCCUAUCAGAAGGUUACGUGGUAUAUCAAGGCCCAAGAGAAGACGUACUUGAGUUUUUUGAGUCAAUAGGUUUUCAACUUCCACCACGUAAGGGGGUUGCAGACUUUCUUCAGGAGGUGACCUCUAAAAAGGAUCAGGAACAAUAUUGGGCUGAUCCUUCGAAGCCAUACCAAUAUGUCUCAGUUCGUGAGAUUGCAGAAGCCUUCAGGAAUUCCAAAUUUGGAAGCUAUAUGGAAUCCAUGCAGGCUCAUCCGUUUGAUAAAUCAAAAUGUCAUCCUUCAGCUUUGGCUAAAUCUCAGUUUGCUGUGUCGAAGUGGGAGCUCUUUAAAGCUUGCUUUUCACGAGAAAUUAUUUUGAUCAAAAGGCACAGUUUUCUUUAUAUCUUUAGGACGUUCCAGGUUGCUUUUGUUGGAUUUGUCACAUGCACAAUAUUCCUGCGAACAAGAUUACAUCCCACAGAUGAGGUUAACGGAAACCUUUAUCUUUCUGCUCUAUUUUUUGGGCUCAUUCACAUGAUGUUUAAUGGUUUCUCUGAGCUACCUCUCAUGAUAACUCGGCUUCCAGUAUUUUAUAAGCAAAGAGACAAUUUAUUCUAUCCUGCAUGGGCAUGGUCUCUUUCUAGUUGGAUUCUCCGUGUACCCUACUCUGUUAUUGAGGCUUUAAUAUGGUCUGCUGUUGUAUACUACACUGUUGGAUUUGCCCCUUCUGCGGGAAGGUUUUUUCGCUAUAUGAUUUUACUGUUUACAGUGCAUCAAAUGGCACUAGGUCUAUUCCGGAUGAUGGCUUCUAUUGCACGGGACAUGGUUCUUGCGAAUACAUUUGGAUCAGCUGCACUGUUAGUUAUAUUCUUGCUUGGAGGGUUUAUUAUCCCGAAAGGUGUGAUUAAGCCAUGGUGGAUUUGGGGUUACUGGUUGUCCCCCCUUACAUAUGGACAACGCGCAAUUUCUGUUAAUGAGUUUACUGCUUCAAGAUGGAUGGAGAAAUCUGCAAUUAAUCACAACACAGUUGGUGACAAUAUCCUCCGUUUACACAGCUUACCAAGUGAUGGUUACUGGUAUUGGAUUGGUGUUGGCGUUUUGGCACUCUAUGCAAUCUUUUUCAACAAUAUGGUUACUGUGGCCUUGGCCUAUCUAAAUCCACUUCAGAAAGCACGGACAGUUAUUCUUUCUGACGAUGAUUCAGAAAAUAACUCUUCUAGAGAUGCUAUGAAUCAGGUCCAUGAAUUGACUAUUAGAGAAGAAAGUAAUAAGAAAGGAAUGAUUCUUCCAUUUCAACCACUGACAAUGACAUUCCACAAUGUUAAUUAUUUUGUUGAAAUGCCGAAGGUGUUUAGAAAGCAAGGCAUACCAGAAACUCGGUUGCAGCUAUUGUCAAAUGUGAGCGGAGUUUUUUCACCUGGUGUCCUUACAGCACUUGUGGGGUCUAGUGGGGCUGGAAAGACCACUUUAAUGGAUGUACUUGCCGGCAGGAAAACUGGAGGGCAGAUAGAAGGAGACAUUAAAAUAUCUGGUUACCCAAAAGUGCAACGGACAUUUGCUAGAAUAGCAGGAUAUGUUGAACAAAAUGAUAUACAUUCUCCUCAAGUUACAAUUGAGGAAUCCCUAUGGUUUUCUUCAUCUUUACGCCUGCCAAAGGAAGUCAGCAUCAGUCAAAGACAUGAAUUUGUUGAACAAGUAAUGCAACUUGUUGAGCUUGACACUUUGAGACAUGCAUUGGUUGGUAUGCCUGGCAGUUCUGGAUUAUCAACAGAGCAGAGAAAGCGAUUGACAAUUGCAGUAGAGCUUGUAGCAAACCCUUCCAUUAUUUUUAUGGAUGAACCUACGUCUGGACUAGAUGCACGUGCAGCAGCAAUUGUCAUGCGAACUGUUCGUAAUACGGUUGAUACUGGAAGAACUGUGGUUUGCACCAUACAUCAACCAAGUAUUGAUAUAUUUGAAGCAUUUGAUGAAUUACUUCUUAUGAAACGUGGGGGAAGAGUAAUAUAUGGGGGAAAGCUUGGUGUGCGCUCACAGAUAAUGAUAGACUACUUUCAGGGAAUCAGUGGAAUUCCCCCCAUUCCAGAUGGCUACAAUCCAGCUACUUGGGUGCUUGAGGUUACUACUUCGGCUGUCGAAGAAAGAAUUGGUGCAGAUUUUGCAGACAUAUAUACAAGUUCUGACCAAUUUAGGGAGGUGGAAGCUUCGAUUCUUCAAAAUGGAGACCCUCCUGCUGGCUCAAAACCACUGAAGUUUGACACCACAUAUUCACAAAACUUGUUCUCCCAAUUUUAUUAUUGCAUAUGGAAACAAAACCUUGUGUACUGGAGAAGCCCACCAUAUAAUGCCAUGAGGCUAUUCUUCACCGCAAUCAGUGCUCUGAUAUUUGGGACUGUAUUUUGGAAAGUUGGCUUAAAAAGGUCAACUCCUCAGGAUCUUAUGGUGGUUAUGGGAGCUCUGUAUUCUGCAUGCUUGUUUCUCGGGGUAAACAAUGCUUCUUCUGUGCAGCCCAUUGUUUCUAUAGAAAGAACAGUGUUUUACAGGGAGAAAGCAGCUGGGAUGUACUCUCCAAUCGCAUACGCUGCCGCUCAGGGGCUGAUAGAGAUACCAUACAUUGCUGUUCAGACUAUUCUAUUUGGUAUAAUCACAUAUUUGAUGGUCGAAUUUGAAAGGACAGCUGCGAAAUUUUUUCUCUAUCUCUUGUUCAUGUUCUUAACCUUCACCUACUUCACCUUUUACGGCAUGAUGGCCGUUGGAUUUACUCCUUCUCAACACUUGGCAGCUGUUCUUUCCUCAGCAUUUUAUUCUCUGUGGAAUCUUCUUUCUGGUUUUCUUGUGCCAAAAUCGAGGAUUCCAGGAUGGUGGAUUUGGUUCUAUUAUAUCUGCCCGGUUUCGUGGACAUUACGUGGCAUAGUCACAUCUCAGCUUGGCGACGUCGGAACCACAAUUUCGGGACCCGGAUUCAACGGCACUGUGAAAGGAUACUUAUCAGCGAGUCUUGGAUAUGAUGAUAAAAUCAACGGUAUUUCAUCUGUGGGACUUUCAGUGAUAGUUCUUAUUGGAUUCAUUUUAAUCUUCUUCGGCUCUUUUGCCAUAUCAGUCAAAGUUUUGAAUUUUCAAAGGAGAUGAGCGUUUUAGAUAGGUUUUAGAACUAUGAAAAAACAAAAUUGAGGGUUAGGGUAUAGGCUUAGGUAUGUACAUUUACUAUAACCUUAAAUAAAGUGAGUUUUAUAGAUGUAGUUUUAUUUA